AUGGUGCGGUACAAACACAGAGACGGGCAAGCGAACGGAGAAGCAGGGACGGAACAAGUCAAGGUGGUCGUAGAGCCAUCGCGGGAGCUGAAGCUGGCUGAGGGUGAGAGGUGGGAGAGGAUGGGGCUGGUGGGCUCGGGGGAGUACCUCCUCAAGUACCGCUGGAGCAGGUAUGGCUGCAGCAGCCUCCUCAGGACGUGGGGGUUCGACGAGAAGUUCCCUGUGAUCCUACAGGAGAGGAUGAGCAGGGAGGAGUGGAAGGAGAUCAUCACCGCUCUCAACUGCGGCUUCGUCUAUGGCAUCCUCCCCAAGCUCGUCUGGCUGCCGGCCGUGAUGCUCGGAGUGAUCGGGGCGAUCUUAGAAGGAGCUCUGAGGAAGAACGCGUCGAUACCACCAGGAGCAAUCUUUGGAGCUCUGACAGGGUUCGGGCUCGUGCUCUCCGUGAUCUACUUGAUGUAUAUGAGGAUGAUGGUUGCCUUCGACCUCAAGAGGAUCGGGGCCUACUGUCACGUGCUCAACGACAAGCUGCGUAUGAUCUGCUGGGUGCUGCGAACAGAGGAUGAGGGAGUUUGCUGUGCAGGCGAUCGCGAAUUGACCUUCGAGCUCAAGUUUGUGAAGACCUUCGAAGGCUCGUUCCAUGUCGUCUUGAUCAAACUGCACGUGGAGUCGGUUGCCUUCCGAUCGAACAUCGUCCCAGUCAGCUCGGUGACGGGCAGGGACAACGUUCACUGGAUGAAGGUGCAGGAGAACGAGAACAACAUCACUGUGGUAGCAACAGAUCGAUGCGCCCCCAGGCAUGACGUGGGGCCCGGCGAAGUUUUCCGGUACGGGCUCGGCGUCUCAACUUUGGCUUCCAGCCGCAUCGUCAAGGCCAAGCAGAAACCCGCGGACGAAGCGCAAACAACUCCAGCGCAGGCCAUGGAAGAGGAGGCGCAGCAUCUGACGGCUGAGGAGCUGAAAGCCAAGGCUGUAUCCAAGGGGAUGCGAGUCAAUCAAAAGGGAAUCAACUUCAGCUUGCAACUCAAUCCUCCUGAGGGCUGGUGUGUCUGUAACCGGGAGAUGGUUGAGAUGGAUGUUGGGCACGACAACGUGAAGAGGUAUGCUCAAUUCAUCUUUUUUGAGGCCAAGAAAUAUCCCCAAUGCCUUGUAUGUAAGAGACCUGUAAGAGAAUGA